CCGCCAUUUUGCUUGUCGGCGGCUGGAGGCCGGACGGUGUCUUGUGGCCGCGUUUCCGGGUGUGGCGGGAAGAGGUAGCGGGAAGGUGCUUUUUCCUCAACCCCUCCCCCGGGGAGCAGAGUGGGCUCUGUGUCUGGGCAGCUACUGCGGGAGGUUUGAGUGACCAGUUGUGCUGUCCUGGAGGGGGUGAUAGUCCCAAGCCUCUGUCUAUGAAAUACCCGGACGUGGAGCAGCAUAUGGCCAUGCAGUGAAAUGCUGCGUGUUCUACUGCAGAGGCUGGACUCUCCCUUCUGCUCCAGGCAUGAGUGACCAGGCUUGUCCCCAGCACUGAGCAGCCAGAGCCACCAGGAGCUGGGCCAGGAUGCCGAUCCCUCCUCCACUGCCUCCUACAUUCAGUCAGGUGAAUACAGAGCUGCCUAAACUGAGCCGAGAGGAGCAGCGAGGCCGCGGGGCCCUCCUGCAGGACAUCUGUAAAGGGACCAAGCUAAAGAAAGUGACACAGGUCAAUGACCGGAGCGCCCCCAUCCUCGAGAAGCCCAAGGGCAGUGAUGGGGGCAGUUAUGGCUCGAGCUCGGCUGCGAUCCAGCUGAAGGGCAGCCUCUUCCAGGGUGGUGUGCCCAAGCUCAGGCCCAUGGGAGCCAAGGACAACUCUGACAGCUCCUGUAAGCAAACCCUGCAAGUCCCUGGCUCCAGGGCAGCCACUCCAAGGCCCCCAGUGCUGACCAGCAACAACCGACCUCAAGAUGAUGCAAACAGCAGCCACGGCUCCCCGCCGGAGCUGCCGCGCACGCAGAGGCCAUCACUGCCUGAUCUGUCCCGGCCCAAUGCCGCUGGCAGCAUGGGCAUGAAGCACAGCUCAUCUGCCCUGCUGCCACCACCGCCGGGCCGCCGUGUCACAGCACCCCCUGCCCCCCCCCCCCCCCCCGGCCCCAAGGGCUCCUCCUACAACCGGGAGAAGUCUCUACCCCCCGGACAGCGGCUGCUCGGUAGCAGCAGGGACGGAUCCCCUGCCCCACCACUCAUCAAACCCCCUCUCUCCCCAGUCAAUCUGCGAACAGGGUCAGGGGCUCAAGGUCAAUCUCUCACCCCUCCACUGCCCCCUUAUCGACAGCCCCCUGGUGUCCCCAAUGGCCCUUCCAGCCCCAUCAAUGAGUCUGCCCCGGAGCUGCCACAGAGACACAACUCCUUGCACAGGAAGAUGCGGGGUCUGGCUCCGCCACCGCCCACUUCAGCCUCCCCGUCUCUCCAGAGCAGUCGUCCCCCUCCACCUGCCCGAGACCCUCCCAACCGGGGAGCAGCCCCACUGCCCCUUCUGCUGAUGCUGCGAAACAGGGGGCGUGAUGCCCCCCCACCCCCGCCCCCCUACAGACUGCAUGGCUCGGCCGAGCUCCCAAGCCGGGGGAAGCCGCCGCUGCCACCCACAAGGAUGCCAGCCGGGCUGCCGCCGCCACCCGUGCACAAUGGGCACCGCGACCCCAUAUCCACUGUCAGAGCAUUCCUGGAUGACUUUGAAUCCAAAUACUCCUUUCAUCCUGUUGAAGACUUCCCAGCCCCAGAAGAAUAUAAAUGCUUCCAGAGAAUCUACCCCAGCAAAACUAACAGAGCUACACGUGGGGCCCCCCCUCUGCCUCCCAUCCCCAGGUGAAAGUGGGCUGCAAAGGUGGAUUGUUGCUGAGCAGAGAUGGACCUCCUUCCCCUUCCUCAGGCGCACCCCCACCACCUCCCUGCUCCCCAGGAUCCUGCAUGAGAACCUCCCGGCGGCUCUGGUUUCCCCAGCUGUGCCAGGACGGGCCGACACUGCCAGCCCAGCUCUCUCCUCCAGCCCACCUUCAUCUAUGCAUCUCCCCCGGGACUCAGUGACCUCGUUGGCAAACCUGGACGGGACAUUUCCUCCUCCCUUGUCGCAGAUCCUGGGUUGGGCUGGGACCCAGCCACCAGGACUUUGGGGCAGAGGUUGGGCCUGUCAGCAGCUCGAUGCCCCAUUCCUUGGGGCUGGGGCAGAGUGAGGGCCCAGAGAGGAGCUGGGGUAGGGCAGGAGAUGGACAUGCUGCUGUGUGCUCACCGGCUGUGCCAGCACCACAGCAGAGGAGCCGGGACCCCUGGGAGCUUUGUUAUCCCAGAACAGCCCAUUGUUUUUUUUGCACGGGAGCCACUGGAGGGGAGAGGAGUGAGCUGGGGACCAUCUUGAGGGACCCUAAUGGGGCUGAGGGAAUGACCCCUCCUCCCAUAGGGGCACAUCCCUUCUGCACCCCAGCAGCAUCGUACUCAAAACCCCCCCUCAGUCACUGGGUUUUUGCCAUGCUGGGAUAAGGAGGCUUUUAACACUGAAUGACCGAACUCUAGCUUUUUCCCAGGAAGACACUGACUAUCCAUGGAGGAAACUAGGGGUGACAUUAGGGGGGGAGGAGGCGUGUGGGGAGGGCCCUGAGCCUCCAGCCCCUUCCCCUAGGGGAAGCUGCCAUUUUGUCUUACAACCUUCCCUGUCUGAUGGUUGUGGCUGGGCUGCAUUCUCUGUAUUUACUCUCAGUGCAAGGUGGGGAGGGGGUGAUUUGGACAUUAACUGUAGUUACUGAUUGGUUUUGUGUUGUAGAAAGCUUGGGCUGGCUGCAGGUAGGCUGAACCCUCCUCUCUAACCCCUUUGGGGUUUGUUUGGGUUUUUUGGCUUGGUGUUGUUUAUUUGCAAAACAAAGGGUGAGGGGGGCUUGGGUGGGGGGCCGAUUCUCUAGAGGAUAAGUUCCUUCUUCCCCCCCUCCCCCUCCCCCCCCUGCCGCACACACACACCCCGGUGCUGCCAUUUGGUUUAAAAGAGAUUAGACCAAAAAGGUUCUCCCCCUGUGCUGGCAGCCCCUCCUGGGGCACAAGGGGCCAUUUGAAGAGGGAACAGAAUAAAACCGGAGGAGCUUGAAAUUACAUUUAGAUAAAAGUUAUAAAGAUCCA